GGGCUUGCUAAGUUUUGAAGCUAAAGCAUGAAACACACGCAUGAAGCUGGAUCGGGAAACUUACAAGCAAACUCUAAUGAUGAGCUUUGGGUUGGAUCUUGGAGGCCCCACAGACCAAGGGGGCCUAUAGCUGCUCUCUAUGGGAGUCCAGGGCCCAAAUAUGCCCUUCCAGGGCUCAUAGGUGCUUCUCAACAUGAUCCUACCAAAUAUAAAGCACCCAUGUUCUCCUUUGGUGCUCGGCGUGAGGAAGUGAUCACAAACUGCUCUCCUGGACCAAGAUAUCAAAUCCCCCAAAAUAUUACCAGGAAGGGCAAAAGUGGAACACCUGCGUUUAGUCUUCUCGGUCGACCAAAGCAGCUACAACUGUCAAUAGUACCAGGACCAGGUCAGCAGAGCAAGUUUAAGAUCCUUACAGGCCAAUAUUCCCCAGAGCGUUCUGGAAAGAUAACCACCCGUUCAGCUCCUGCUUAUUCUCUGAGUGGGAGAAGAAAAGACCGUAGUAACUCCCAAACACCAGGUCCAGACGCCUACACGCUGCCACCCAUGCUGGGCUGUAAAACUGUAGUUGCACCUUCGGCACCCAACUACACACUUCAAGGCCGCAGUAAAACCACAAGCUUUAAUGAAGACCCUAAUAAGACGCCGGGCCCUGCUGCUUAUAAAGUUGUUGAUCCAAGCAUUUAUAGGCAGAAACCUCCACAAUACAGCAUAAAGGGCCGCAACUUUGUUCCUGAGGGCAACACACAGAAACCAGGCCCAGGAGCAUAUUUUCCAGAGAGGGUUACCUUUACAAGAGCAAAAGCUCCCAGUUUCUCCUUUGGAAUGCGUCAUUCACAAUACAUCGCUCCCCUUGUUGUAAAUGUGAAUGAAUAACAGUAACCAAGAAUUUGCAACCUUCUCAGAGCACAGGAGCACUGCUCUAACCCACUAGGCCAGUAUAAAGAACAUAAAAUAUGUUUUGCUGAAAGAAUUUAGGAAAACAGCUAUUGAUGUAUUUUGUUUGCAAAAUAGAAGCAUUUGUAGUUCACUUUCUCUUGGGAAUAAAUAGAACAUUGAUCUAUUGGGUCUAUAACUAUUUUUAUGAUACCUAUGGAUACAAUUAAUGAAACUGGAGUUCCAACUGAAGGAACCUGAAAGUACAAACCUAUAAUUUAUUGCAAAGGAGAUUUUUUACUAAGAAGAUUGUAUGAUUUAAGGUUUUCUAGACAAGAAGUUUUAUGGGAAGACAACCCAUUAGGAAGUAAUCACAAAUUAUGUUUUCUUCAGCAGCUAUUUUACCAUUCAAAUGAUCAUCACAGUGAUGUGACAUUACUUUGUAAGGCAGAUCUUACAUCUGUGAAUACAUUUCAAAGUAUACUUCAUUGGGAAGCUCUAAA